UAGUCUCCAAUUCACUCCACCACUCUUUUUUUUUUUUUUUCAUAUAUUAUUAUUAUUCUUUUCCUCAAAAAUAUUUCCCUUCUCAUAUUAUUAUUAUUAUUAUUAUUAUUAUUAUUAAUUGCUUUUCUUUUUUAAAAAAUAAAAUAAAAUAAAAAUUUCCCAUAUAUAAAUUUUGAGUGAGUGAAAGAAAGAAAGAAGAGAAGAGUAAGAAAACCAAAACUAGAGAGAGAAAGUAGAGAGAGAAAGAGAGAAUGCGUUGCCAUGGCUUAACAAUCUCAUCAGCAAGCGAUUCACGCUUCUUCAUCCCCACCACCACCACAACAACCACCACCACCACUAACACCGCCGUCAAAUUCUUCUCGGUUCGAAUGCCCAAACCCGUUAACCCGACCCGAACUCGAAUCGGAUCGGUGAGAUCGGAAGCGGCGGUGGACGAUGCUUGCGUGGCGGCGGAUACGAAUUCGAGAAGCUUCUACGAGCUUCUAGGGAUUCCGGAAAGUGUAUCGGUGGUGGAAAUCAAACAAGCGUAUAAGCAAUUGGCGAGAAAGUACCAUCCGGACGUUUCGCCGCCGGGUCGGGUGGAGGAGUAUACGAAGAGGUUUAUUCGGGUACAGGAGGCGUACGAGACUUUGUGUGAUCCUUGUAGAAGAGCUGUUUAUGAUCGUGAUAUGGCUAGGGGUGUUCAUCUUGCUUUCUCUGCUAGAACACGAUUCCACAAUCACCAGGGAAUGGAAGAGAAAAGCGAAUGGAAAAACCGAUGGCAAAGUCAGCUAUCUGAGCUUAAAAGAAGAAGCGCGAGUAAGGAUGGUAGGGGUAACAACAUGUCAUGGGGAGCUCGGAUGCGACGACGGAAUAAUGAUGACUUACCUAAUGAACUAUAGAAGAUAUGAAAUAUUAGUAUAUAGUAAGUAGUCUUAAUUAGCAUGUAUAUAUUAUUGCAUAAAAAUGUAUUUUUUUUCAACCUUGUUUUUCCAAGAAAUAAAAGUUCAAUAUACAAAAAUAAA